UUUGGCCAACCUAUUAUUUUUUUGAGAUUGCAUUUAAAUUUAUUCUAGGCAACAAAAUCGACAUACAGAAAUUAUAUACUGACAGUGGACUCAGUGAUUUCAUCCACACUGCGACUCUGAAAAUUCUUGGUCCUCACUCCUCAGUACUCACUGCGUCUGUGUUCGUGUUCCAUUCUCGCACAUGCUCAUCCUGCCCAUCUCCUCUGCUUACUCAGGGCAGUCGAGGAGAGGUCAAACAAAAACGCCGCUGCCGUCCUCGGGCGACUCCACCUCCAUCUUACUUUGUAGCCGACUCCAAAAUAUUCAAGAAAAAAAAAGGACAGGCCGAAACGGCGUAGUACGAUGCAGCCGCGUUCUUUUGAAAACGUUGUCGCCGCACCACCGGCUUCUGCCAACAAGUAGGCAUCAGUGGCACAUCACCCAACCGCCUGUCCUCACUCCUCCCCAAUUAUCCGGUGCCAAUCCCGGCUCCAAACAAUCUCAAUUGCUCUCGGUUCUCGAAUCACCACGAGCCGCGUGCUCCGGGAUGCUUAGAUAAGCAGCGUGAUCCCAGUGGCGAGCUCCUCCGAUCCCCGUUCCAAGCUAGUAAGCAUGAAGCGGCUCGCGGCGCUGCUGGUCCUGAUCGCGCUGCCGUGCCCCGCGCGCGCCGCCCCCGGCGCCGGCGUGGUGGCGGCGCUGCUCACGCACGCCGACGCCGGCCGCGGCCUCGCGCGGCCCGAGCUCGUCCGGCGCAUGGCGCACCGCACCCGGGCGCGCCGGCGGCUGCUGUCCGAGACCGAGCGCCCGGUGCGCGCGCGGGUGCGCGCCGGGCUCGGCGGCGGCGGCGGCAUCGUGACGAACGAGUACCUGGUGCGCCUGUCCGUGGGCACGCCGCCACGGCCCGUGGCGCUCACGCUCGACACGGGGAGCGACCUCGUGUGGACGCAGUGCGCGCCCUGCCGCGACUGCUUCGGCCAGGGCCUCCCGCUCCUGGACCCUGCGGCGUCGUCCACCUACGCCGCGCUCCCCUGCGGCGCGCCCUGGUGCCGCGCGCUCCAGUUCACGUCGUGCGGCGGCCGCGGCUGGGGCAACCGGACCUGCGUCUACGCCUACCACUACGGGGACAAGUCGCUCACCGUCGGCCAGCUCGCGACCGACCGCUUCACCUUCGGAGACGGCGGCGGCAGCAAUGCCGGCAGCCUCUCCUCCCGGCGCUUGACCUUCGGGUGCGGCCACUUCAACAAGGGCGUGUUCCAGUCGAACGAGACCGGCAUUGCGGGGUUCGGCCGGGGGAGGUGGUCGCUUCCGUCCCAGCUCAACGUCACAAGCUUCUCCUACUGUUUCACCUCCAUGUUCGAGUCCAAGAGCAGCCUCGUCACGCUCGGCGGCGCGCCGGCCGCGCUCUACAGCCACGCGCACGUCGGCGAGGUCCGGAGCACCCCGCUCCUCAGGAACCCCUCGCAGCCGUCGCUCUACUUCCUCUCGCUGAUGGCCAUCUCGGUGGGCUCGACGCGCAUCCCCGUGCCAGCGCCGCGUCGCGGCUCGACGAUCAUCGACUCCGGCGCGUCGAUCACGACGCUCCCGGAGGACCUGUACGAGGCCGUGAGGGCGGCGUUCGCGGCGCAGGUCGGGCUCCCGCCCGGCGGCGUGGAGGGCUCCGCGCUGGACCUCUGCUUCGCGCUGCCCGUGACGGCGUUCUGGCGCCGCCCCGCCGUGCCGGCGCUGACGCUGCACCUGGAGGGCGCCGACUGGGAGCUGCCGCGCGCCAACUACGUGCUCGAGGACCUCGGCGCGCGCGUGAUGUGCGUCGUGCUGGACGCGGCGCCCGGGGAGCAGGCCGUCAUCGGCAACUUCCAGCAGCAGAACACGCACGUCGUGUACGACCUCGAGAACGACCGGCUGUCCUUCGCGCCGGCACGAUGCGACAGGCUCGUAGCGUCGUUGUAGCGUUCGUGUACAUAGUAAAGGCCUUCUUUGCAGAUUACAUAGCACGUCGAAUUUGACCCCAUUUCGGAAGAAUUUUGAUGAAGAAUUUGCAUAGUAGGAGUAGCAUCUUGUGAGCUGGUUUACACUGGAUAUUUGCUCCGCGUUCUUCAGCCUGUCAUCCAUACAGCUGAGCUGAGCUGAGCUGACAAAGCAGUAGCUCCUUAUCUCAUUUCCGACUGAUGAUAGGAACGCUCGGACUGGGAGCAGACGCGGUUCGCUUUCAGGGCACUGUCGGCAGGUGAACACGACACCAAUGAGGCUACGAGCUAGAUGGCCAAAUGGUCUGGUCAAUACUUGUUUGUAAACUAAUUCAGUGCAUGCUAUCUGAUGAAAAUCUGUGAUGUUACCAGGAUUGUACGAGCUAUGGCCCCUCUUUGUCCAUAGCCAAUCCAUUAUUCUCCAAAAAAGA